CGGGUCAAUGGCGGCAAGGCUGCGAAUCGAGGUCGUCGACCACGCCACGUCAGGACGCCUUGUCCUGAGCGUCCUUGCGCGCACCUUAGUGCGCUGCCUCGCUGACGCGAAUGAAGUCGAGCGCUUGCUUCGAGCGCUGCCUACCGACGUCUCCGAUCCUGCCUUGACGAGCCUGUUGGCGCUCUUGAACGCGGUGCCAUCGCGCGACUUGGUGCGGCCGACGCUUGAAACGAGUCGUCUCUGUGCCGUGGCCGACCCCGCUGUCCUUGAACAAGUCGCUGUCUUGUACAACGCCGUCCAGGAACACGACCCGACAGUACCCGCGCUCCCCUUCCAUGCCGUGCCGACCCUCUACGGUCUCGUUGCUGGAGCGCUCCCGCUCUUUAGCGCUAUCAACAUCUUCGACCUCAUUCCUGUACCAGAAGUGUGGCGCCACGUCACCCUGCAGGCGCACACGAAGGUCGUCGGCGGGUUUUACAGCGCAUCUAGCGUCGACGACUUUGCCGCCUGGACAGCCAACAUGAUCGAGGUCAAGCUCGUCGACCAGGACGGAUCGACGUGGCAAAAUAUCGCUCGCCUCCUCCAAAGCUGUCCGAAGCUGCGCUCGAUCACCUACGUGAGCAGGGCUGUCGACGGCGCGCCGACCGCCGACACCUCGGCGUUUUGCACGGCCCUCGCAACGUCCCAGCUUCGAACGCUAAGUCUCAGCAAGCUCAACGCGAGUCCGCGCGCCUUGGACGCGCUGGCGCAGGCGCUUUUGCAAUCGAGAACGCUCACCACCCUCACGAUCUACCAGAUGCCGGCGCUUUGGGAUCAUCUUUUGCGCGACGACGGGCCGUCGUUCCCGGUGCAACUGGCGUCACUGGACGUUGCCGCCAUCACGGCCGAGCACUUGAUGCGACUCGUUCGUAAGCUCACGACGACGCGCUUGCGUACACUGCACUGGCGUGAGGCCAUUGACGUCACGGACGCCGCCAUGACCCUCGACAGUCUGCCGGAGCUCACGUCACUGACGAUCCAGAACGUCAUCCUAGAGACCUUUCCGCUCCUUCUCCGAUUGCGGCAUCUGCAUGUGCUCUCGGCCACUGUCAACCACGCCACGAUGCAAGCGAUCGGACAACUCAUGGCAACGUCGUCGGUGCUGGAGACCGUCCGUGUCCACGGCUGUUUGUACGUGGAUGGCCCACCGGCGGCGAUGAUUCGCGCGCUUCCCGCCUUCUUUGGCCGCGCCGGAACGGCACUGACGUUGGACGUGUUUGGUCCACAGGGCGCCGCGGCGCUCGCACAAGCGAUGACGCGCACGCGUCACACCGCCGAGGUGACGUUGAAGGUCUGCGCGGCACAGCUGCUACUGGACGACGCGACCCGCGGUCUCCUCGAUGCCUUGGCGCACUGCGCACGUAUGACGCUCGUCGUGGAAGGCGACUCGGACCAAAGUGACGCGCUUGUCGCUCAUGCAGAGACGCUGGGUCUGCAGCCACAUAUCCAGGUUGGGCCGCCGCGCGACGACGAGUCGGCCCCGCGCUACCGCCUGCGAUGCAAGGUGCCCAUUGGCGGUGUCGAGGCGUGAUUUACAUACCGGAGGAUCCUAGGGGUUGCUACAAUCACGACUGAUAAUGGAUUUACAAUGC